UUCUGUCUUCUCUCUUGCUCACUUUUGCCGCCGUACUAUCACUUCCCCCACUCGCGCUCCCCUCGUCCUCGGAUCGAAGCUUCCGGAAUCCGGAGGCAGAUGCGAUGGUGGCGCUGGUGCGGCCGUCCGUGCUGCCAGUGUGCGCCGUGACGGGCGGCGGCGGGAAGGACAAGUGGACGCCGCGGCAGCAGCAGUCGUGGUGGGGCAGGAGUAAGCAGAGCUUGCCGCACCAGCCGCGGCGGAAUGGGGAGCGAGGAGGCGGGGGCGGCGGCGGAGCGCUGGAUCAGGUGCUUGGCGUGCUCCGCCGCGACAGCGAGUUCCUCCAGGCCGCCGCCGGCGCCCCGCUCCGCGACGUCCUCUGGCUCCGGUUCCUCGAGAACAAGAAGCAGCGGCGGAAGCAACCAAAACCUAAGCCCGCGCAGCAGGAGCAGGAGGAAGAGGAGGAAGCGUCGGCUCGUCGAGCCCCUGCGUUCCCUCCCCCAGCCUACCCGCCAGCGCUGUCCUGUGUGGAGCUGAUGGCGGCUGAUCUACAAGCCCUCAAGGUUUAUGUCGGUUCCUCAAAACGUGAAUUCGUGCAUCGGUUGCUCGGAAGCAAGCAGCAGCCUCAAUCUCAACAACAAUGUAUCAAGUCCAAACCAGUUCUGCAAAAACAAUUUGAACCGAAACCCAAGGAACAGCAGCAGCAGGCGCUUCAGCCCCCAGCCUUCCCUCCCCAUUCCUACCCACCAGGGCUGUCUUGCAUGGAGCUGAUGAUGGCCGAUCUCGCAGCCCUCAAGUUGUACAUCAGCUACUACUAUGCCAUUCUCACCACUCCUCUGCCCCAGCAUUACGACCCUGAUCUACUCGCCCAGUACUUCGUCUCACGUCCUCAUAUCCUUGCAUUCCGCACGGUUCAAAUACUAUUGGCAUUUGUCUCGGCUGCGGUGAAGGUGCAAAUUUCUAAAAGAAUGAACCUAACCACAGAUGCUACCUACAGAAGUAGCAUCAGCAAUGAAGGUUUUAAUGCUUCACAAUACAUGGUUGGACAGCUUCUCAAGGACACAUUUCUUGACCUUGGGCCUACUUUUGUUAAAGUUGGGCAAUCCCUCUCAACAAGGCCUGAUAUUAUAGGCUCGGAGAUUUGUGAGGCACUUUCCGAGUUGCAUGAAAGAGUCCCCUCUUUCCCAAGAGAGGAUGCAAUGAAGAUCAUUGAGGGAGAAUUCCAUCGUCCUGUUUCACAAGUUUUCAGUUACAUAUCUGAUGAGCCUGUUGCCGCAGCUUCCUUUGGACAGGUUUAUCAAGGACGCACAUUUGAUGGUGCUCUUGUGGCCAUAAAGGUCCAGCGGCCGAACCUUCUUCCUUCUGUGCUGAGGGACAUCUAUAUUCUGCGCCUUGGGCUUGCUUUUGUGAGGAAGAUUGCAAAUCGAAGUAGUAACAUUUCCCUCUAUGCUGAUGAGUUGGGUAGAGGUUUUGUUGGCGAAUUGGACUACAAUAUUGAAGCUGCCAAUGCUAUGAAAUUCCGGGAAUGUCACUCCAGAUAUUCAUUUAUAGUGGUUCCAAAGAUUCUCAAGCAACUUACUAGGAAGAGGGUUUUGACAAUGGAGUGGAUGGCUGGUGAAAACCCCAAGGAGUUGCUUUCUUUGUCUAAAGGUAUUUCUGGUGACAUUAGUGAAUCCUCAGAGAAGCAGAAGUUGGAAGCAAAAGCCCGGCUUCUUGACCUGGUCAAUAAAGGUGUCGAGGCCUCAUUAGUGCAGCUCCUCGAGACAGGGUUGUUGCAUGCUGAUCCUCAUACUGGGAAUUUGCGAUAUACACCUGAAGGCCAUGUUGGGUUUCUUGACUUUGGUUUACUUUGCGCGAUGGAGAAGAAACAUCAACGCGCUAUGCUUGCGAGCAUUGUGCACAUAGUAAAUGGAGAUUGGACUUCCCUUGUUUAUGAUUUGACUGAGAUGGAUAUUGUUCCACCAAGAACUAAUAUACGCCGAGUGACAAUGGACUUAGAGGACACAUUGGGUGAGGUAACCUUUGACGAUGGAAUUCCAGACAUCAAGUUCAGUAAGGUGCUUGGCAAAAUUUGGUCUGUAGCACUUAAAUAUCACUUCCGUAUGCCACCGUACUACACACUGGUCCUGCGGUCACUUGCCUCUUUGGAAGGACUGGCCAUAGCAGCAGAUAAAAGUUUUAAAACAUUUUGGGCAGCAUACCCAUUUGUUGUUAGGAAGCUUCUGUCUGAUAAUUCACUUGAGACAAGGAGGGUAUUGUAUCAGGUGAUUUUCAACAGAAGGAAAGAGUUCCAGUGGCACAAGAUUGCAGUGUUUCUAAAGCUAGCAUCAGCAAGGGGCAACUUUAGGCAAAGUACUGGAGUUUUGCCAGAGAGGAAGGGCAUGAAUGUUGCAAACCUUGCAGAGAUCAGUGAUGCAUAUUCCCUUGAUCGCGCUACACCAGAAAGGGCAUUGCAUACUGCAAACCUUUGCCUCAGACUUCUAUUAUCACAGGAUAGCAUUGUGAUAAGGAGACUUAUAAUGACUGCGAAUGUGAAGUCUCUUGCCCGUGACUUGAUCUCCAAAGGCGCAUCCAUUUUCCGGGUCCUCCUGAGCCGGGCUCUUGCCGACGUUGUCUGCCAGUGGAUGGUGAAGGUGACUGGACUAAAACGACUCAGGCAACUGAAGCCUGAUUCGCCCGUGACCACGAAAAGUGACGAGGGUGACCUGCGGCUGUCCAAAGAAGCUUCGAUCAUGGUGUCCUUGCAGGAAGCCUUAAGAGACCGAAGACUGAAGGUCAUAUUCUCAAAGUUUGUCAGGGAUCUAAGGGAGGAGCCAGUCCUGAUGUUCAGGGUGAGCUGGAGCAUGCUUCUUGUCUCGGCCGUAUCCGCAGCCAUUGGUGUGCACCGGUUUGUCGUUCUCUUGUCGGAGGAAUACUUGCCCACUUUGACGCCGCGGCUCGCUCCGAUUUAGAGUAUACGAAAAGAGCAGUAACCAGGCCUGGGUUACAUGAAAAAGAUACUUGGUUCCACGUGUUAAGCAACGGAGUGUAGUGUAGAUAGGUGCUGUCAAUAUCAACCGCCCCUUUUGUAGCUAACUUCGUACAUGAUUAUUUUCCCCAAACAUAUUGCUAGUUAUUUUCCAUUUAUCUCUCCAAA